AUGGCCGAUGACAACAGAUAUUCUCGAAAACAAUCUUCAAAGGCCAGUACAGAUAGGCGCAACGGGGAAAGAAAGGCUAAAGAGAAGCCUGCCAGACGUCACCAAACACAUUUCUAUGACCCCAGGAGACCUGACGAUGCAGGAUCGUCUUCGGAUGAUGUGGGGUUGGCGGAGCUUGAGCGACACCAGAACGAUGCCCUGAAUCGUGUAGAGGAAGCGGAAGCUGUUUUAGCCAAGGAACGAAAACGCAUCGAACAACUAGAAAUCCGCAGAAAGCAGGUGGAGGCAAAAGAGGAGCACCGACAAGUGCAACUGGAUGAGGCUGCUGGACUGAGUCCACGGGAGAGAAACCGUCGGUUAUAUGAGAAAACAGUAGCUCGAGUGGAGGGAACGGCACUUCGCAGAAUAGAAGAGCUGGAGCGGAGAUUUGCUCACAGCGAUAAAGUUUUCGAGCUCAGGGAGGCUAGACAAAAUAUGAGUACAGACGAGCAGAGGGAACGUGAAGCAGCAGAGAAAGAAAUGGAGUAUCAGCGACAAGAUGAACAAAACCAUGCAGACGACGCUCGAGGAGAGGACCCGGAAAACGAUGAAAUCGAAGCAUGUGUGGCUGAUGGUGCAGGCUUAAUUGUUGUUCGAGGUUUUACCAGUUAUUUUGGACGGAUACCGCAGAUCAUCAAUGCGGUUGGAUACGUCGCCGAGAACGAGGACGUCGCAAAGCGUCUCGCACGCAUGGGCCACUACUCCACCAGCGAGGACAAGAUGCUUGGGCUCAUCCAGCUCACUAUCGCCAAUGGCCAGCAGAAACAGGGACCUAGCCAGAUGGUUACGGGGCUCAGCAUGCGCGAGCUCGAGGCGGCUUGGAUGCAAGUCUCCAAGUUUGCCAUCCUGCAGAUGAAUCGACUCUCCGGAGCAUCCUCCUCCUCCUCCUAA